AUGACUACUGGCGACGUGCUACCAUGGAUUGCAGAGACUUACGGACAAACGGAAGUGGGUCCAGAAUUUUACGUCUCGUUUGGAAGUAGCAAUAAUUCAGAUGCGACGCAGAAUGAAAUCAAUAUUCAAGACGUUUUUGACCUUGCACACUUCCCUGUCCAAUUUGACUACAUUCACAUAAAAGGGACGAUUGGCAGUCUGAGUCGUGACGCGCUCAACCUACUCCACCUCUUACAAAAUGAUGGCAGGAUUUGGCAGUACAUUUGCUUUUGGGCAUACGACGAAGAUCAACCAAGUUCCCCAGCGUUUUUGGCCAUUGUCACUGCCGCGAUGAAAAAGGCCAAGUGCCUAGAAAUCGAAUGCAAAUUGUCAGAUACAACAGCCUACGCUUGUCUGGCUACAGGUCUCUUGGCCCAUGAUGGGAUUCAGGAACUUGUGUUGCAUCAAGCUGACAAUUUGGAAGUGGAUGAUGCAAAAGUACUUGCUGAGGCGAUGGUGUGCACGACUUGCCUGAAGCGAUUGCAGCUUGCGGGUGGAAAUUUACGAGACGAGCGUGUGUGCUCCAUUUUGGUAGAAGGAUUAAAAAGAAAUCGAUCCCUUGAGUCGCUGGAAAUCAAUGUUGAAGAUUUUGAAAACGAUGGUAUUGGCCUCUCGGAGCUGUUGCGCGCCUUACAAAACCAUUGCAACCUUCGUUCAUUGGCUCUAUCUGGUCGAAUUGUAUCAGCGCAAGUGAUGGAGGCAUUGCGAGAAUGGUUAGGCCGGGACGACUGCAAAUUGCAAGACCUUGUGAUUGGUGGCGUUCUGGACAUGUCAGCAUGUAUAGGCGGCGGAGAAAUGGAGAGCAGAACCUUGCAACGACUUACAUUGUAUAAAGUCGGUCUUUCAAGCGAGCACUUGAGCGCAAUGUGUAAUGCAUUGCCGAAUUUGAGCUUCUUGUCGCUCGGAUCCAACAGGAUAUGUGAUCUGACCCCAUUGGAAUCUAUCUUGAGCAGGGAGGACUGUACCAUUCGCGAGUUGGAUUUAGGAUGGAAUGAUAUCAGCCACGAAUCAAUCAUGAAGUUUGCUGCCAAGAUACCGCUGAUGAAGAGUCUUAGGCGUUUGUGCUUGAGUGACAAUCCGUUUCUUAAGGAAAUAAUUCUGCUUGAUGGGAAAGAGCGAAGCGCAUCACUUCGGCCGCUCUUGAAGAGAAUGAAAGACAGCAAAAGCCUAGAACAACUCACAAUGACAUGCCAGACAUCGGUGGAUACUAUUGAAUUGUGUCACACCAUGAAUGUCAAUCGAGGGGGGCGAUACGGAAUUGAAGUGGAGUCGGUAAAUCACAGCAUAUCACUUGCCAUGUGGCCAAAAAUCCUUUACCGGGCCUCAUCCAUACAAUACUUUGUCUGCCUUGACUCGACGUACAGCGAAGAACAACAACCGACUGACAAAAGUCCAAGGGCUUCAGUAGUAUUCUCCCUACUUCGGGAUCACGCCUACAUCUUUGAGCACUGA